CUUUACUUAUCUGUGACGGAAUCCAUUUUCUGCGUUGUUGUGACAUUUUGCGUUUUGCUCCUCAGCCAACUAUUCUUGAGGAAAAAAAGAGUUGUAUUGUAUGAAUAUUGUCAUGAAAUUGAACAUUGCACUUUCAAAUAAGUGAUGAUAUUUUUUUUGUAUUGUUAAUAUUUUAUUAAAGGUAUUUUUGAAUCGUGAAGUAACUCACGAUGGGUUGAAAUAGUGAUUGCUAUCGGCAACAGUUCAUCAUAUUCAUUUCAUUAUUUGAUAUUUACACACGCCAUAACAUAACAAUGGAACUAGACGUAUCACCUGCGGACAAAAUAGACAACGAUAUGGAAUAUUCUGAUAACUCAACUGAUAGUAAAUACACGCCAUGUAAAAAUGACCAGUACUCGAUCAUACGCAUUCCCGAAGAUGGUGAGAAGUCAAGUAAGCACUCAUCAAGAAAACAGUCAAAAAGAAGAAAGAAGAAUUCUAAUCAUUCACGACCCCUCCCUAGGAUAAUAGUGAAACCUUUACCACCACCACCACCUCCUGAAAAUAGAGAAUGGACUGCAGCUACAUCCUAUUCAGAAACGAAUUCCAAUACUAAUAGACCAUCUACCAUGCGAGAAGUAUUAGCCAGCAUACCAGGGUUUUGCAUGAAACCAAGGAAGCGCAGUGGUAAAAAGUUAUCAACCGCAGCACAAUUACAACAGACACGAGAAGGUUGCAUUGACUUAGAGACGCCUGAUUCAAUAUUAGUAAAUACAAACAUUAGAGCAUUACUAAACAAACAUACAUUUUCUCUACUUCCACCACUAUAUCAAUAUAAGCUUGGGCAGCUACUACCUAGUGUGGAUAGGUUAAGUCCUUCAGGUCGCUUAAAUUCUUCUAGUCUGAAUAAUGAAUUUUUUGCUCGAGCUUGUUUACAAUGGCAAGACAGUCUCUCUGGUGGAGAACUUACUCCAGAAAAUCAACAAAGAAUGAAGACUGAAGCGGAAAAAGAAAAAAGCAAGAUAGAUCCAUGGAAAUUAAAACAUUUUGAACCUAUCUGGGGAGAGAAGUCAAGAAGAGAGAAAUCUUCUAUCAGUUUAAAUUCAGAUCGACCUUCUCUUAAAACUACUAUUAAAUUAAGACCAACAGCUUCAAUAACAAGCAGUAGCACUGUUCCAAAAAUUAAAAAAAGUAAAUCUUCUAGUAAUAGUAAAAGAAUGCGCUCAGUGGGUGCAGUGACGAGGUCUUCAGCCAGAGCUGAUGAAGUGCUGGAGGAACCUGUCACAGUUUGUAGUAAGCAGUCCGCUCCAGUGCCAGACUUAUUGCCACUCAAACAUACAAAAAGUCACAGUCAUCCCAACUAUGAGGAAUUUCCAGUAGACUUUAGUUUCUCUGAUUCAUCUUCAACACAGAGGAUGGAUGAUUCAUUAUCCACAACACCUGUUGACCCACUACUACUGCCAGAUGGGGAUCCAGACCGGAAUGAAGUGAAGCAAGAGCUUGACAUCAGCGUAGUCACUAUAGAGGAGAAUUCUAAGGAUUGUGAAGAGGAUAAAGCAACAGAUUCUGAUAGCAAUGUACAUGAUGCCUCCAAGAGGUCAAGUAAUGAAAAUGUAGAAUAUACUAUGGCAAAAAGAAUAAAAUUUGAAGAGGAUUAUGAUAUGCAUGACACAAAUUAUAUCGUACACAAUGCAGAUACUGCAAAUAAUUAUUCAGAUAUUGAUGCAAACUAUGCUAAUGAGCAGGUGUGCCCUAAUCAUGAACUUCUAUAUUCGGGACAAGAGCAUGGUGACACAAACAGUGAAGACAGUAAAGCCACUGCAUCAGGAUAUGAAUAUGAUGCAAGAAGUGAAUCUUCAGUGUCCAGUUUGAAAAUAGAUAUGAAUGUAAAUAACAUGCCUUUAAGUGAGUCUACUGGUCCUACUGAGGCUCUUUCUUAUGAGAACCAUUUGACAGAAGUGGAAGAGAAUGUUGAAACUGAUAAAGGAAUUGUUCAGGAUUUAACACCAUGUGACACUCAAGAAGAAUAUGUAUCAGAGCCUUACCAGGAACGUGUUAAGUGUGAAACUGAUUUAGAAUCACCGCAGCAUAAAGAUACUGUUGUGGAACCAGAACCAUGUCAGAGCUACAGCCAGGAGGUGGAAUGUCAAAUACUACAGCCUGCUGAACAGUCCCACAUAAAAACUGAUGAUGCUAUGCACAGCCCGGAAAAAUGUGAAAAAGAAAGCAUACCACAAAACAUGGCACAAAACUAUUAUGAUGAACAUUUUAAAGAUGCUGAAUCUUUUAUAUUAGAGACAAGCCUCUCAAUACUUACAUCACAAAGUGAAGAUGUGAAAUAUUCAUCACACCCUAACUUGAUGGAGUUAUCAUCAUACAUGAGUGAAACAAAUGUUACUGCUGUUGUUACAAUGCCUUUAACACAAAAUUCAUCAAUACCUAUGAUGGAAGUCACUAAUACAUCUAUUGUUUCAUACCCUGAUGACAAUAUGAAAGAUGCAGCCAAACCAAAAGCAUCAGCAGUUUCAUGGAAGAAUGAUAGUGACUGGGCAAACAGUGAAAAUGUUAUGACUUUACACCCAUUUUCAAACUUAAACACAGAGAGUGCUAAAUAUGUCAGUGAAGACUCGAAAACAAGCAUGGAAGAUAUAAAUAUGAAUGAUGAAAAUUGUAUGUACAAAGAAGACAGGGACGCAAAUUAUAAUAUGGAAUCUUCAAACUCUUCAGAGAGCUGUCAGUCAAUAAAGGACUCAUCUGUGAAACAAGAAUUAGACGCAGCAUCUAGCUUAAUAUCAAGUACUGCUGUUACAAACCCACCUGUAAAUUCGACUACCAUUACACAAGGAAUGUGGGCUCGGGGAAAAAAGUCUAAAUUAGGGAAAGAGUCUAAUAGAAGUCGAAGUUCAAACAAAGUGCCCCCUGGUACGGUGAACCUAGAGCGCAGCUAUCAGAUCUGUCAAGCGGCGAUCCAGAACAGUCCGAAUCGUGACGCGUUGCGAGGACAGCUGCGGCCGCCGCCGGCGCUCCUGACGCGGCCCGCGCGGUCCGUUAGGCCUCCGCCCCCACCGCCGCCCGUGCUUGUUAGGCAGCUACCUGUCUCUGUGAUGCCACAUAAUGAAAUGAAUGAGAAUCGCUCUAAUAACGUCGGCCAGUAUAUCCUAGUACAAAGGACUCCUAACGUAGCACCGCGGGCGUCUAGUGCUCCCCCUGCAAACCAGAAUACAAAUGUGGCAGUGGCGCGGUGCCGCAGCGUGGGCGCGGACGACGCGUGUGUGUGCAACCUGCGCGCCAUGAUCCUGUGCAAGAAGUGCGGCGCCUUCUGCCACGACGACUGCAUCGGCUCGGCCGAGCUGUGCCUCACCUGCCUCAUACGCUGACCCCGCCUCGUCGCGCGGCCGCUGCCAUCUUGCUAACGUCACUUUACAAGGAACUUUUAUAUAGAUCGAAUUUAGCUACAGCCCUAAUCGUACUCUACCUUAAGUUCAGCGUAGCUAAUAGAUCGAACUUGAGUAUCUUGAGUAUCCGCGAAGGAGGUGUGUGAAAAGGAAAUGGUUGUUAGGAAUGGUGGUGCUAUCUGUUUGAAUGUAUGUAUGUAUCGAUAACAAUAAUAUUAGUUUGUAUCCUUUGUACGAAUAUUAACACUAUUUUGUACUUCACAAACUAACAAGAGUUGCUUAUACAUAUUCUGUAAAGCUUUAAGUUGGAUAGAAGUUGCGCUAACGAUUUACCUAAUUAUUCGUUGUCGCUGAACUUGAGUUAAUCAGAAUACCGAUUUUAUACCUUGCUAUUUUUCAACUUAUAAACAUUGUAAACAGUUUAAUAUUAGAAUUAUCAAGUACCUGCUAGGAAGCAGUAAGUCGUUUUAUUCGACGUAUAAUGAAAAGUACCGAUUCAUGUUAGUUUCUUGUUAAAAUGUUGGUUGUUCUUCAGACAACAGAUAUAUUUAUAGAUUGUACGUUGAAUAUAAUACAUAAUUCAUAUUUUAAGGAUUCCAAUUAUAACUUGUACACGGCACAAUAUUUUUAUUCAACAUUCUGUAACUCGUAUUUUAUUUAUGAUUUAGAUUUUACGAAUUAAUAAGCUUAUCGAAAUAUAGCAGAUAACUUGGUAGCAUUUGUUGACAUUUAUUUGAUACAAAUAAUAUAGUUGUUGUUAAGAGUACACAAGAGAAUAAGUCGCUGAGCUAAGGAUUUCAUUUUGCCAUUAUACUUUAGUAUUAGGAUAUCAUCACAAUUUAAUUUUAUGAUACUGUUAUAUUAAUUUUAGUGUUACUUUACCAUUUCGUGACUUUCUUUUGUACGUAGUUUGUCAGUUAACGGCUUAGUAUUGGAAUAGUAAUUAAAGUACUUGUGCACCAUCUGAUAUCCCAUCUAUUUAUAACAUUUAUAAUUAAGUGUAUGUACAGAUAUUUAUUGAUACGUGAAGGCUGGUGGGUUGAACAUCGGAUGGACUCUUAUCGUAGGUAUUUAUAGAACAUUACUUGUUAUAUUUAAGUUUUUCAUUAUGGCGUGUACACUAAUAUGACACUAAGUUAUGCAAUAUAUUUAUAGUUGUCUAUAAUAUUUUUAUAAGAAUCUUUUACAAAUUGAGAAAUAGCUUUUUGCUAAUUUAAGACUUCCUUGUAAUAUGUAUCUAAACAAAAUCUAAUUUGUCCAUAUAAUCUCCUUCUGAUCUCUGUUUUACUGUCCCAGUAAUGAUAUAACUAUGGACCUUAUAUUGCGUAUUGGGCGUAGUGUACAAUGGUUAUGAUAAUAUGGUUUUAUUAUAACCAAAAUAACUGAUUAUCAACAAAUAACUGAUUUAUAUUUAGAUAGUUGACGACGCUGCUCCAGCAAUGCCUAGUUUAUUCACAUAGCAAUGCCUUACAUGACGACUUACAGAUGCUAUAAGUUACAAUUAAAUAUUCAUAGAUAUUAUAAUAGAUAAUUAAUAAUACAAGUGUUGCUCACUAUGUUUGAAUCACAAAUGUAUAUCUGUAUAUUUUAGCUUAUAUCAUAUUAUCAAUAAGUGUUAAAAAAAUAUCUAUGUAUACAUGUCACAAAAGCUAGAUACAGUCUAGACUUUGAGGACGUUUCAUGGAAGUUUUAGAAGAACACUAUUGGGACUUUAGAUAUGUAUGAAAGAAUUGUAAUUCCUUAUAGUGUACUUAGUUUAAGAAUUUCAUAAUCUCGGUACGCAAUAAUUUAACAGCGUUUGAAUAACAUUUCGAAUAAUAAUGAAAAGUUAAAUUGGUAUGAUUGCAUAUGUUUAGAAACUACCAACGACUUUUUAUGGACGGCUCUUUGUUUUCUUUAUUUUUAUGCUCGCGAGUUUGAUUUUUUUCGCGAAAUUGUCGGAUUAUUGUUAUUUAUUGGUAAUUAGUUAUUUUAUGCUCAUGAACAUUUUUUCUCUAAUAAAAUUAUGUUCUUCUAACA